AUGUCGGAAAAGGCCGACCGGCGAGCUUGGCAGCAUCGUCCGCUCCGCCUCAUUGUCAUCCUCGUCCUAUUCUUGCUCGGGGCGCCGUGCGCCAUCUUCUUCUUCAUGUCGACCGGCGUGGCCCUCCCUCGCAUCCGCAUCGAGUACGACCGCUGCGGCGGCGCUCCCACAACCAGCGUACGUACAAAUCAGCCGCCAGCGUCACCGUCACCACCGCCUCCGCAUUUGGGUGUCGACGGUGACGAGAAGCAAAGCCCGCCUCCGCCGCCACGCCAGCUGAUGGACCCGCCGCUCUCCCUCGGCCCGGCCGUGUCGGACUACGACGAGCGCCGAGACAAAUGGCUCCGCGACAACCCGCGGUUCCCGGCCUUCGUCGCUCUGGGGAGGCCCCGUGUGCUCGUGGUCUCCGGGUCGUCCCCGCGCCGGUGCAGCGCCCCGGACGGCGACCACCUGCUGCUCCGCGCGUUCAAGAACAAGGUGGAUUACUGCCGCGUCCACGGCUUCGACAUCUUCUACAGCACCUCCGUGCUCGACGCCGAGCUGACGGGGUUCUGGACCAAGCUGCCGCUGCUGCGGUCGCUGAUGCUCGCGCACCCGGAGACGGAGUUCCUAUGGUGGAUGGACUCCGACCUGAUGCUCACCGACAUGCUGUCCGAGCCGCCGUGGGGCAGGUACGCGCGCCACAACCUCGUGGUCCCGGGCUGGGACGACAAGGUGUACGGCGACAGGAGCUGGCUCGGCAUCAACGCCGGCAGCUUCAUCAUCCGCAACUGCCGGUGGUCGCUCGACCUGCUCGACGCGUGGGCGCGCAUGGGGCCGCGCGGCCCCGUGCGCGAGAUGUACGGAAAGCUCAUCGCCGAGACGCUCUCCGACCGCGGGCCGUACGAGGCCUGCGACCAGUCGGCGCUCGUCUACCUGCUCGUGACGGAGCGCGGCAGGUGGGGCGGCAAGACGCUCCUCGAGAACACGUACAGCCUGCACGGCUUCUGGGCGGGGAUCGUGGACAAGUACGAGGAGAUGCGGCGGCCCGGCGGCGAGCCGGUGCCACUGGUGACGCACUUCGUCGGGUGCAAGCCGUGCGGCGGCGGCGACUCCAGCUACGACGCCGAGCGGUGCCGGCGCGGCAUGGAGCGCGCGCUCAACUUCGCCGACGACCAGAUACUGAACCUGUACGGGUUCGGGCACGAGUCGCUCAACACCACCGCCGUGCGGCGCGUCCGGAACGACACCGGCGGGCCGCUGGACGCGGACGACGUCGAGCUCGGACGGCUCUUGCACCCGACGUUCAUGGCUGCCAAAUUGUGACUUAUCAAGUUGGGGUUUGAUCAAUGAGCUUG